ACAGAAGAAAGAAUUAGCCAAUGAGGUAAAAUCCAUGAUGCUUGAGUGAGAAGGACAGUUUAUAUGCAAAAGUAAAUAAAAGGCAGACUGUCCUUCACUGGAGCAGGGGAACUGAGAGGUAAGCUACACUGCUCAGAAUAGUUUAAGUUUGUUAACUUAAGUUUGUUAACUUAUGCAUAAUUCAAUAAUACAAAUAGUACUGAAUUUAAAGGAAAACAACAGAAUCUAACCUUUGGACAUCUACUGCAAAAAUAAAUCAUUUGCAAAGGCAGCAGAAAGAUAAAGCAACCCUACCUCCGACUCAGAAGAAUAGGAAGCUUAGAGACCUGAGCACAUAACAUUCCUGAAGAUGUCAAUGAAUAAUUCUCUGAACAUAUUCUUGGACCCAAGUCCAAAUAGAUUUCAGGUUAAUAUAAUUAACGAAAGCCAUGACAAUAAUGCAAUAUCCCAAGAGGAUGCUGAUCCUCCACAUUAUGAAGAAACAUCUUUUACCGAAGAAGCAAACAGCAGACUCGGGGUCAGUCACAGGCCUGGAAACAGAGCAUUAUAUGAAAAUUUUCUUCAAAAUGGGGAUACUGUUAAAUCUGAUGGAAAUUUACAUCCCUGUGAUACUCACAGUAACACAUAUUAUCUAAAAACCUUUGGCCAUAACACAGUGGAUGCCGUUCCUAACAUUGAUUAUUAUCGAAACACCGGCAGCAUCAGUGGAACCAAAAUGAACAGACCAAGCUUGUUAGAAAUUCAUGAACAACUGGCAAAGAAUAUAGCAGUGAACCCUGGUUCAAUCGACAGAGUUACAAAUGGAGAUGGUUCUCCAGGAGAAGAAGCAACAGCUAACAAGGAAGAAGAAAGCAAAGGGGGAUUCGUGAAGUUUGGAUGGGUGAAAGGUGUGCUGGUGAGAUGCAUGUUGAAUAUCUGGGGAGUGAUGCUUUUCAUUCGACUGUCCUGGAUUGUAGGUCAAGCCGGAAUUGGUCUUGGAGUUGUCAUAAUUCUUCUUGCCACCACAGUAACCUCAAUUACUGGGUUGUCAACUUCUGCAAUAGCAACUAAUGGGUUUGUCCGUGGAGGUCUUGGAAUCGUGGUUAUUAUGCUGAGUGUGGUAGUAACAACAUUAACAGGUAUCUCAAUGUCUGCCAUUUGCACUAAUGGAGUAGUAAGAGGAGGUGGAGCUUACUAUCUUAUCUCAAGAAGUUUAGGACCUGAAUUUGGUGGAUCAAUAGGACUUAUCUUUGCCUUUGCCAAUGCUGUAGCAGUAGCCAUGUAUGUAGUUGGAUUCGCUGAAACUGUUGUAGAGCUUCUUAAGAGCAGUGAUGCAUUGAUGGUGGAUGAAUCCAAUGACAUCAGAAUAAUAGGUUCCAUUACUGUAGUUCUUCUUUUAGGCAUUUCUGUGGCUGGUAUGGAAUGGGAAGCAAAGGCUCAAGUAAUUCUUCUAGUCAUUCUUCUGAUUGCCAUUGUGAAUUUCUUCAUUGGGACCGUCAUUCCAACCAACAAUGAAAAGAAGGCAAGAGGCUUUUUUAAUUACCAAGCCUCAAUAUUUUCAGAAAAUUUUGGACCAGAUUUCAGAGGUGAAGGAUUUUUCUCCGUCUUUGCCAUCUUCUUCCCAGCAGCUACUGGCAUUCUCGCAGGGGCCAAUAUAUCAGGAGAUCUGAAGGACCCACAAGAUGCUAUACCCAAGGGAACAAUGUUGGCCAUUCUGAUUACAACUGUUGCUUACCUAGGAGUUGCAAUAUGUGCAGCUGCGUGUGUUGUACGUGAUGCUACUGGGAACACCAAUGACACAGCUGUAUCUGGAAUUAACUGUAAUGGAUCCUCAGCCUGUAGCCUUGGCUAUGACUUUUCCAGCUGUAAAGUCCAGGAAUGUCGUUAUGGGCUGAUGAACAAUUUCCAGGUUAUGAGCAUGGUUUCUGGUUUUGGUCCUCUAAUCACUGCAGGAAUCUUUUCUGCAACCCUCUCAUCAGCUCUAGCCUCACUUGUCAGUGCACCCAAAGUUUUCCAGGCUCUUUGCAAGGAUAACAUCUACAAAGCACUCCACUUCUUCGCUAAAGGACAUGGGAAGAACAACGAACCACUCAGAGGAUAUGUUCUUACUUUCAUUAUUGCUAUGGCAUUCAUUCUGAUUGCUGAAUUGAACACCAUUGCUCCCAUCAUCUCCAACUUCUUCCUGGCUUCAUAUGCACUUAUUAACUUCUCCUGUUUUCAUGCAUCAUAUGCAAAAUCUCCAGGCUGGAGACCUGCAUUCAAGUAUUACAACAUGUGGGUGUCACUUUUCGGAGCCAUGUUGUGCUGUGGUGUAAUGUUUGUCAUCAACUGGUGGGCAGCUCUCAUUACUUACGUCAUUGAGCUCUUCCUCUAUAUUUAUGUGACAUACAAGAAACCAGAGGUAAAUUGGGGCUCAUCUGCACAGGCUCUUUACUAUGUUAAUGCAUUAGACAGUGCACUGGAAUUAACUGCUAUAGAAGAUCAUGUGAAAAACUUCAGACCCCAGUGCAUAGUAUUAACGGAAGGACCCAUGACAAGACCUGCUCUAUUAGACAUCACACAUUCAUUCACAAAGAACAAUGGUCUCUGCAUCUGCUGCCAAGUAUAUACGGGACCACGCAAGCUAUGUGUUAAAGAGAUGAACAGUGGCAUGGCAAAAAAGCAGGCCUGGCUUACAAAGAACAAAAGAAAAGCAUUUUACGCUGCAGUGGCAGCUGACAGCUUUAGAGAUGGAGUCAAAAGUCUUCUUCAAGCCUCAGGUUUGGGUAGGAUGAGACCAAAUACCUUGGUACUGGGAUUUAAAACAGACUGGCGGGAUGCAUCUGCUGUACAAAUUGAAAACUACGUGGGUGUUAUACACGAUGCAUUUGAUUUUGAGCUUGGUGUGGUUAUCGUCAGAAUUAGCCAAGGCUUUGAUAUAUCUCAAGUCCUCCAGGUUCAAGAAGAAUUAGAGAAGUUAGAGCAGGAGAGGCUGGCACUAGAAGCUACCAUUAAAGACAACGAAUUUGAAGAAGAAAAUCGUGGUAUCCGUGGAUUCUUUAGCAAAGCCAAAAAACUCAAUAUUACAAAGCAUGUAACCAAAAAAGACAGCAGCAUUAACACAAUCCAGUCUAUGCAUGUGGGUGAAUUCAAUCAGAGGCUGCUAGAAGCCAGCAAUCAGUUUAAAAAGAAACAAGGAAAAGGAACAAUUGAUGUUUGGUGGCUGUUUGAUGAUGGAGGUUUAACACUCCUAAUUCCCCAUAUUCUGACUAUGAGGAAAAAGUGGAAGGAUUGUAAAUUAAGGAUCUUCACUGGAGGAAAGAUCAACCGGAUUGAAGAUGAAAAAUUAGUGAUGACUUCACUUCUAAGCAAAUUCAGAAUAAAAUAUGCUGACAUUAAGAUCAUUGGCAACAUCAAUAUGAAACCCAACAAAGAGAGCUGGAAAUUCUUUGAAGAGAUGAUUGAACCAUAUCGCCUCCAUGAAAGCUGCAAAGAUUUAACAACUGCUGAGAAAUUAAAAAAAGAGACUCCAUGGAAAAUUACAGAUGCAGAGCUGGAAGCAUUCAAGGAGAAGAGUUACCGUCAGGUCCGUUUGAAUGAACUCUUACAGGAACACUCAAGAGCUGCUAAUCUCAUUGUCCUGAGCUUGCCUGUGGCAAGGAAAGGAGUAGUAUCUGAUCACCUGUAUAUGGCUUGGUUAGAAAUUCUCUCCAAGAACCUGCCUCCAGUCUUAUUGGUCAGGGGCAACCACAAAAAUGUACUAACUUUUUACUCUUAGUAAAAUAUAAAUACCUAGAAUAUAAUGUUUGAUUUCAACACAGGUAUUUUUAAAGACACACCAUACUAAAAGUUGAGUACUUAAGACCUAGAAUUUGACUUACUGAUGGAGAGUGUCCUCCAAAUUAUAAAUAUCCUAUUUUUAAAAAAACCACGAUGUACCACAUAUCUGUCACCAAAAAAUUUAAAAGCUACAAUUAUAGAAUCUAAAAUGCUUUAGGUUUCACUGCUGUAGAGCUUAUUAAUAGCCUUUAGGGGGCAAAAAAUAUUAAAACAAACACUAUUUUCAGAACUGUGCUGAUAUCACUGCCUAUAGUAGGGGUGAGAAACCUUUUUUGGGUCGAGGGCCACUGACCCACAGAAAAAUGAAUCAGGGGCUACAUGCAAGUGAGAAGCAGCAAAAAAACAAAAACUAAAUCAUACUCACUGACAUGGCCCCCAACUGAGAAAGAGAAAGACACUACCCACAUUCCCCUUACACACUAGAGCCUAGCAGGGACACAGAUUAGUAGAUUUUGUGUACUCCAGCCCCAUGGUGCAGCAGCAAGGGGUCUAGAGUACCAGCGCGAGCUCCCCAAUGCUAGGGUUCCCUGAGCCUCAGGGGGGCCAGUUCUAGGCAAGACAGGGGCCACAUACGGCCCCCAGGCCUGAAAUUCCCCACCCCAGCCUAUAGCUAGGCUUGCUAGAUGAUUUCACCAAAAAUCCCGAACGUGGCAAAAAAAUCCAAAACGGCAGACCAAACUUAGUUGAGCAAAAGAAAAAAAGGGGUGUGUGUGUGUGCUGCGUCUUUAAGAAUCUCCUCACUCCCCCACACCAGAUGCAGCAGGGGAAGAUUGUCCCUGCCAAUCUUCUGUACAAAAGAAACAGAAAAUGCCGGACAUUUUACAUGUCUGGUAUUUUCUGUUUUUUUUUUUUACUGGACGGGGCCAGAAAAAAUGGUCUGUCCAGGCAAAAACCGGACACUGGAAAUCCUACCUAUAGCAAUGCACAAAAAUGACAAUAAAGUAGACCCAUAUUGACAAUAUCUCUAAAGUUUCACUGCAUUUGACUAAAAAUUAUAAUUUAAUUUGGUAUACACACACACACACACACACACACACACACACGUAUCUCUUAAAAUACUAUUUAAGCUAUGUUCCAAAUUAUAUCAUUUCUCAAAUUACAGACUAUAUAAAAAUGUAUUAUGGCUAAACACACGUCUCUUUGAAAGUAUACAUCUCUUUAAGAUUCCUACCAGUUACUCAUAAGGCAUUAUUUACAAGCAGUUUCUGAAUAACUAGCUGACAAACAGAAAAGUUAGUUUUAUGGAAAAUUAGUUUCUAAAUGAUAAUAGCUGAUCAUGAAUUUUCAGACUACUGUAUGGAACCAAAUUAAAUGUAUAAUUGAAAUAAUCACAUAUGAUUAUGAAACAGAUUUCAAAGUUAAUAAAAUACUAAAGUAACAUUCUGUUAAGAUUUGUUAUGGACAUUGUGGUUUCCCCAAAUGUAUAAUCUCACAUGAUUUAGAGAAUCUUAUUUUAUACUGAUUUGGUAAAUUGCAAAACAAAUUAUAAUAAAAUAAACUUAACAUUUACUCUUUAGUUGAACGUGUUAAUUUUUCUGGCAAAAGAGAUUAUUCCUUUAAAUGCUGGGCGUUCUAAAGAACAUUUGUUAAACAUUUUAACUUGAAAUAAAUAAUUGAAG